AUGGCGGCUCAAUCAACACUACGAUACAAGCAGGACCCUCUCGUGGCCUUAUACGUCUACUAUCUCAAUUUGUUCCGAGGCAAGAUACGGCAUUCAUCAAGAGUCACGAAGGUUCUCGCGACGGUUGCGCUUCUUCUUUCGAUCAUCGGAACUGGAUAUGGAGGCUAUAACUGGUUUCGGGAGAGAGCAAACGAGCGCGCUCGUGGGAAGCGAUUACUGCGCCGGAACUCUGGAAUAAGAGGCAAGGAUGGAUCUCGCACCAUAUACGUGCCGUAUAAGGACUCUUUGACCUCGAAGGUCAUAAUCUAUCCCACGAAACCUACGACUUUUGACGCACACCGAAGGCUGUUCUUGAACCCGCCAGCGUCCGCUCGCACGGGCGACGAGGACUCGGUUGGCCGAAUACCACCGCCGACCACCAAGCCUGGAUUGAACCUUGCUUUCCUUCAUCAGUUUUUGAGUCUAGGGAGCAUCAUGGUGCCGCGGUGGAGUAGCAAAGAGACAGGACUUCUAAUGAGCCACGGGGUGUUCUUGCUUCUUCGUACAUAUUUGUCACUCUUGAUCGCACGGCUUGAUGGUGAAAUCGUCAGGGACCUCGUCGCGGGAAAAGGGCGCGCCUUUGGCUGGGGUAUUGUCAAAUGGUGUGGCAUUGGCACACUCGCCUCAUACACUAACGCCAUGAUCAAGUUCCUCCAGUCAAAGGUAUCCAUCGCGUUUCGAACUCGGCUGACGAGAUAUAUCCACGAUCUUUACCUGACCGCAGACAACAACUACUAUAAGCUGAUGAACCUUGACGGCAGUAUUGGCCAAGGGCCCGAUCAAUUCAUCACUCAGGAUCUUACUUUAUUCUGCUCAGCCGCAGCCGCACUCUACUCUUCAAUGGGAAAGCCCUUGGUGGACCUCUUCGUCUUCAACUACCAACUGUACCGCUCGUUGGGGCCAUUGGCCCUAAGUGGAAUACUCACAGGAUACUUUAGUACCGCUGUCGUCUUGCGAAAGCUUUCGCCGCCGUUCGGAAAACUAAAAGCUGUGGAGGGCAAGAAAGAAGGAGACUUUAGGGGCUUACAUUCCAGAUUACUGGCUAACGCUGAGGAAAUCUCAUUCUAUGGCGGCGCCGAUACAGAGCGUGUGUUUCUAGCCAGAAGCUUCAAAGACCUUCAGCGAUGGAUGGAAGGCAUCUACAGUCUCAAGAUCCGCUAUAACAUGCUGGAAGACGUUAUACUCAAAUACUCCUGGUCUGCAUUCGGGUACCUGGUCACCUCUCUACCCGUCUUCCUUCCUGCCUGGGGCGGCUUAGGCGGCGCCAUGGAGCUGGCAGACACAUCAGAAGCCAGUGGUCGUGAACGAGGUCGCAUGAAGGAGUUCAUCACAAACAAGCGACUGAUGCUGUCUCUUGCUGACGCCGGUGGUCGAAUGAUGUACAGCAUCAAAGACAUCUCCGAGUUGGCUGGCUACACCUCACGAGUGUACAGUCUCAUUGCUGCCCUUCAUAGGGUGCACGCCAAUGCUUACUGUCCGCCGCGUAAUGGCCAGCCAGAGUUAUUCUCGCUGGACGAUGUCCAGGGGACUAUCUACAAUGGCUUUGAUGGAGUACGCCUCGAACAAGUCCCUAUUGUUGCGCCAUUUCUAUAUCCUCGAGGGGGGGACAAGCUUCUCGAGUCUCUGUCAUUUGUUGUGCAUUCGGGCGAUCACCUCUUGAUUUCCGGCCCUAACGGAGUUGGCAAGUCUUCUAUCGCCCGUAUCGUGGCUGGACUUUGGCCUGUUUACCGUGGUCUUGUUAGCCGUCCGAGAGGGUUUGGGCUUGAUGGCAUCAUGUUUCUCCCUCAAAGGCCGUACCUGAGUGUGGGAACCCUACGGGACCAGGUCAUAUAUCCUCACACUGAGAUUGAUAUGCGAGACGCGGGUGUUUCGGAUUCCGCCCUCCAAAAGAUCCUAGACGAUGCUCACCUUGGCUACCUUCCUUCCCGCGAAGGCGGAUGGGACUCUCGCAAGGAGUGGAAGGAUGUCCUAAGCGGUGGUGAAAAGCAGCGUAUGGCCAUGGCGCGGAUUUUCUACCAUGAGCCUCGCUAUGCUUUUCUCGACGAAGGAACCUCGGCCGUUUCCUCCGACGUGGAGGGAUUACUCUACGAACAGGCCAAGGAGCGGGGGAUUACAGUGAUCACCAUUUCCACGCGAGCGUCACUGAAAAAGUAUCACACUUUCAAUCUCACUAUUAGUGUGGGCUCCGAUGGGGAACAAUGGGAAUUUGAAAGAAUCGGAACCGCCAAAGAGAAACUUGGGGUUGAAAAGGAACUUCAGGAGAUUCGCAAGCGCCUUGACAAGGUAGACGAAUGGAAAAAACGCCGGGAAGAGAUCGAAGAUGAGCUUCAAAAGGUAUGGGUCGACCGCGGAGAGCUUGCGCCCCCUCCGUAUGAAGAGAAGCCCAGUGAGGUCGACGUAGCUGGUAACUAG